AGAAAGUGCGGUGGAGUGGUCGUCAAACCAUCGGAUUACAGCUCUAUCAAAUUGGAUAUAUCCCACUGAGAUACAUAAUCAAAAUGCUGGUGAGACAUUUCAACAGUCUGCCUUGGGCUUUGCUGGCGAUUCUCUUGCUGGCUGCCCUGAAGCUCCAUGUGGCCAAUGCGGAAUCGAGUAGUGAGCAGAAGGAGGAGGAGGUGGAUAGUUCCAGCACGGAGAGCAACGAGAUCAUUCCCCGGGAGGCCAUUCAAAAGUUGGACUACUCCGUGAGGCAGGCUCUACUUCGGGCCAUUGAUAAACUGGAGCAGGAGGAGGCGGCUGCCACGGAAAGUGGCGAGGAGAAUCUGAGUAGCAGUGGAUCCCGGUCUCUCCUCCAAAUAGAGACUUCCACCCUGCCUUCCCACCGCGAAAAGGAUGAGAUUCUGGAGGAGAGCACCCGGGGAAACGAGCCGGAGCCAGUGGUGCCCACUGUCCAGUUCUACACGGCCACCUUCGACGAGAAGAAUGCCCAGGAGCAGUUGCUUUCCUCCUUCAUCGAUCGUUCCAAGCUGUGGAAAAAGACCACGAUACGGAAACAGAACUCACCCGCCGCCACUGCAGUUUCCCUGCCACUCGAACCGAAAUCCGUGGAGCCCGCAGGUCCGGAGAAUCGCCAGCUCACCCGGAGUGUGGAUUCCUCCAGUUCCGGAUCCGUGAGCAGCAAUGAGAUCUCUCACGAUAGCGGCAGUCACGAGAUCAAGUUUGAGAUCAGCAAUGUGCGAAGGGCGACCACUCCCACAACCACCACAUCCUCGAGCACCACCACAACCACCACGCCAAGACCCCGAACCACGAGACGUCGCACCACCACCACGACGACGACAACCACCACGACCACGCCCAGACCCACCCACAACGAGGAUGGGGAGAACAUAGAGCUGGUGGACAAGCAGGACAUUCGCAUCCAGGAAGCCCCGCUGGUGACCGCCUUCACGGUGGAUCUGGACGAACGGGGCACUGCCCAAAAGUUCCGCCCACUGCUGGCGGGCAAUCAGCGGAGCAGCAACUUCGCAGCCCCACCGCAACAGCAGCAGCAACAGCUGCCCCACAUCGGACCCACCAUCACCAAGCUGAAUGUUUUGGAAUCGGAGCCACCGGCCAUUGCGCUGCCCACACAAUUUCCACCCACCAGCAGCAGCACCACCACCACCCAGGUCAGCACGAGCACCACUGCCGGCGGCGGUUUCUCCACCACUCCCGCUUUCCUGGCCAGCUCCACCAGCAACUAUGUAAAGCAGGAACCCCUAAACAAUCUGGCUGAGCCUCCCAGUGUAAAUAAUUACCUGAUCGAACGGCAGCGAUCUCUGGAGCAGCAGAUCUACCAGCUGAAGGUUCAGGCGCAGCAGCAACAGGCUCUGAUCCUGCGCCAACUCAAGCUGCUGGAGGAGCAGACCCAGAGCCGUUUCCAGGGCACUCCAAUUGCCCAACCCAGCACGUUGCAGCCACAGCAGCAACAGCAACACCAGCAACCUCACCUCCAGCAGCAACAGCAACUGCCGCAGGUCCAGCAGCAACAUGGUUCGCUGGAGGCCAUUCAGACGGGCCUGCAACCGCCCUCUUUGGGCGGCGGUUACUCCAUAAGACCUUCGGUGGAAUUUAUACCCAGCACACAUACCAAGACUGUUAUUUAUCCCACAUAUCCAAUUGAGCAGCAAUUGCCGCUGCGCGAUGCCGUUGCGGGUCAUAAAUUCGCCCUGCACAAUGGCAACAUAAACGCGAAUAACUACCAGAAGCCGCCGGCGAAUGCAGUGCAGCAGAUUUACCAAAAUUUGCAGCAAUCUCUGCAGAAAUCGAACGAAAGCCCCCAGGUCCAGCCCUCCAAUCAGUUCAACUUUGCACCGGCCGAGGCUUCGCAACUUCAGGCCUUGCCCCAUAACAAUUACAAGCCAUUUCAACAGCAGCAGCAGCCACAACAGCAACAUGUGCAGCAGCAACAGUUGCUGGUGCCCAACUACGUCAGCAAUGCGGUUUUCCAGCAGCAACAAAGGGCUCGGCAAUUCCGCCAGGAGACGGGAGUGGGCAACUUUGGCCUGAACACCAAUGUGGAGAUCCAGCCCAGCAACUCCUUUGCCACCACAAUUGUUAGCCAGCAAUCUGGCCUAAAUACCAAUCCCAGUCUGGAGAAUCAGAACUUCUACAGGCAGCAUUUGACGCCCCAGUUGAGCAAUCAGUUGCAGCAGAACGCCCAGCAAUAUCUGCAGCAGCAACAGCAACAGCAGCAGCAGCAACCAAAAGCCAGCGGCGACAUUAGUCCAGCUCUCAACCAUGGGAUACCGCAGUUCGCCUCACAAAACCUGCACUUCAACGGGGCCUUCUGAGCACUUGCACCACCAAAAAGCACCACCACCACCAGCACCACCAUCCCGCACCACCAAACACCUCCUGCUCCUGAGUCCUUAUUACCCAGAAAACCAAUAUCUACCACCCUAAACGUUGACUUAGGUUUUACGUAAAACAUCUUUGUAAAUAUACAUUUUAUUUUAAAACAUAAGCGUCGGUCUAAGAGAAGUAUAUAAAAGAGAGCAGAAUGAGCUAUCCGGAGGAUAUGUGGAGGAAUUGAUGGUGAGGUAAUUGGAAGAGCAAAGUGUUGAAAUGUAACCAUUAUUUAUUUUCUAUGUGAAUAAAGUUUAUCUUAAAGUACAA